CCACCAUGGUCGGGCCGCACCCGAGCGUCGCGCCCCUUCCUCUGCCGGCGUUUCCCCUCCCUCUCGGCCUACAAAAGCUGCACCCGAGCUCGCCACUCCUCCUUUCCUCGCCCUCGCUCUCCUCUGCCCCUGCUCCUCCACCGCAGAGCUGCGCCGCCGCCACCGAGCUCGGACUGUCGCCGUCGAUCCGCCGCCUCGCCACCUCCCGGGCUACUCCGACCUUCGCUGAAGCUUCGCACGGGGACGAUGUGCUGUUCGAGGGAGAACAAGAACAAGUAUACGAGGAAGAGAACCAGCAAUUAAAUGAGGAAAGCAAGUGGAUUUCCCCCUUUACAUGUUCUGUUUUGAUCCCAAUAAUAGCAUGAUGAAAUACCUUACUUUAUUGUUCUAUGCAUGAAAUUGAUGGGAAUCCUAUUAAGGACUUUACCUAGUCUUUUUACCUAAGCCUUGAAACACCGGGUUUUAUAUCUUGCUGGGUAGAACGAAUUAGUUGCUUAACUUUGGGAAUGGUGUUAUCUUAAUCUUUCGAAAAUGAUAAAUAUGUUUUAUGUUGUUAUACUUGUUUUAAUUACAAGAUCAUGCUAUAUAAAUGGAACAUGGAGAACCACCCAAGAAAACCGUACAACCACAAUACCAUAUGGCUCUGGUCUUGGCUGAUUAAUUAGAGACUCUAGCUUGUGACAGUCUUACCGAAAGGGCAAGAGGGGAAGCAUCGUUGGGGUAUAACCCGGUCCUCUUGGGGUAGCGGCCUUUGCUAAGGUGCUGACCAUUAGGGAGGUUUAUACUCUGCUUUGACUUGAAACCUUAGCG